AUGGCUCACAUAUUCCAGGCGAAAGUUCAACCUUCCCUUGAGGAGGUCUCCUCUAUCCUCUCAAAAUCUCGAACCUCCAAAUUCCCUCCGAAUCUGGUGCCCUUAUGCGCUCAAAUCCCCGCCGACCUUUUUACUCCCACACAAGCAUAUCUAAAAGUAUCAGAGGGUUCCAAACUCUCGUUCCUGUACGAGAGUGCUGCAACUACAGGGACGAUCGGGCGGUACAGUUUCGUUGGAGCGAACCCUCUCAAAGUCAUCGCAUCCGGCCCAGGCCAUGGACCAGAAGAAGAUCCCCUUCCACGUCUCGAGCAGGAGCUUUCACAGUACAGAGUCGCGACUGUGCCCUCCCUUCGACUUCCACCUUUGACUGGAGGAGUCAUUGGAUAUGUUGGUUAUGAUUGUGUCCGAUACUUUGAGCCCAAAACAGCCCGGCCUAUGAAAGACGUUUUGAAGCUGCCCGAGAGCUUCUUCAUGCUCUACGACACAAUCGUUGCGUUUGAUCAUUUCUUCAACGUCUGCAAGGUCAUUACAUACCUGCGGGUACCGUCAUCGGAGUCACCCCUUGACCUGCAGCCAGCGUAUCAGAAAGCAUGUGGAACGCUGCACCGGACGAUCUCCCUGCUACAGGCGGAACACAUACCUCUGCCCCACCAACCGCCCAUAGCUCUGAAUCAGCCGUCAAAAUCGAAUUUUGGCAAGACAGGAUAUGAGGCGCACGUCACACGGCUUAAGAAGCAUGUGUGCAAAGGAGACAUCAUUCAAGCCGUUCCUUCCCAUCGGAUAUCCCGACCCACGACUCUGCAUCCGUUCAACAUUUACCGGCACUUGCGAACUGUCAACCCAUCGCCGUACCUGUUCUAUAUCGACUGUGCGGACUUCAGCAUUGUUGGCGCGUCGCCAGAACUGCUUGUAAAAGAAGAAGCCGGCCGGAUCAUAACCCAUCCCAUCGCCGGCACAGUAAAGCGAGGUCAAUCUCCUGAAGAAGACGAGCGUUUAGCUGAGGAAUUGAGCAACAGCAUUAAAGACCGUGCUGAACAUGUGAUGCUAGUCGACCUGGCCCGCAAUGACAUCAACCGCGUCUGUGACCCAUUGUCUACCCGCGUUGACCGACUCAUGGUCGUGGAGCGAUUCAGUCACGUCCAGCAUUUGGUCAGCCAAGUCUCAGGCGUAUUGAGAGAGGGCGAGAAUCGCUUUACCGCUUUUCGAAGUAUUUUCCCUGCCGGCACUGUGUCGGGGGCGCCAAAAGUGAAGGCCAUGGAACUCAUUGCAGAACUCGAGCAGGAAAAACGUGGUGUAUAUGCCGGCGCGGUGGGCUAUUUCGGUUUCUCUCGCGUGUCGCUCGACGGAUCCAAGGUCGAGGACGAAGGUGCGAUGGAUACUUGCAUCGCGCUACGCACCAUGGUAGUGAAAGACGGCGUUGCAUACCUACAGGCCGGUGGGGGAAUUGUCUUUGACAGUGUCGAAGAGGAUGAGUGGAUCGAAACAAUGAACAAGCUGGGAGCAAAUAUUAGGACUAUUGAGGAAGCAGAGAAAAGGUAUCUAGAACUAGAAAAGCUUGGAAAUGGGAAAUCGAGCGGGCAGGAAAAUGGUGUCGCCAUAUAG